UCUCUGUUCCAUCAGGUUGACUCAGAUGACCUUCCUCUGAACGUCUCAAGAGAAACUCUCCAGCAACACAAACUUCUCAAGGUCAUUCGCAAGAAGCUGGUGCGCAAGAACCUGGACAUGAUCAAGAAAAUCGCAGAGGAGCAGUACAACGAGAAGUUCUGGAAGGAGUUUGGCACCAACAUCAAGCUGGGUGUCAUCGAGGACCACUCCAUCCGGACACGUCUGGCCAAGCUAAUAUUCAGCCAAGCUGAAUAAAUGCUACAAAGAGAAGCUCCUUCACCCACUCAACUUUACUUUUUUUUUCUUCUUCAGGAAGUUCUUUCCAGAUGUGCCUCAUCUUGUUCACCCAUCGAAAGCUCCGCGGGUGCCACAUGCCUUCUUGUAGAUAAUUACUGAGAUUGCGUUACACUCUACAAUAGCAACUGUGCUUCCUAAAUUAUUUCUCAUAGGAUGCAUGUUUUUUUUUUAUAGCUUACCUUUACAUGUUUUAGCCUAUUGUAAAAAGAAAAGUAGAUCUAUAGGCCUACAAUUGAAUAACUUUACUAUAUAGGCCUACAUAAUUUGUGACAACUACCAUUGCAAGCAGAAGUUAUUUACAAAGUCUAAAUCAAUUAAAUGUAAUACACCUCAACCUA